CUCUUUUACUAUCCCUUCUGUUUUGCUGAAACUAAAGAUGUUCUCGUUCGUUUUCAAAAGAAGAGAAGAAAUUGCAUUGAGAGAUUUUCUGCUUCUCUUAUUUCAUCGUUCGAAUUUCAGAUAAGUUAGAGCGUUUGCGAGUGAAAGGUUAUACUUGGAUAUUCUAAUCUUUGUUGAACUUCUCCUCCAAAAUUAAAAACAUUGGUUGCAUGUGAUGGUAUCUGGAAAUUGGAGUCUUUUGGGGCCUUUGGCUAAUUGAUUUUUAUCAAACCGAUAUGAAGAAAAUCUGGUUCAUUUGUCAUGUUCAGGAAAAUAAGCUGAGAUCCGUUUCAUGGGAGGGUGGAGAUUGAAUACUUGUUUUCUUCGUGGAGAUUCUCGGAUGUGUUUGUUUUAGACCUGAACAGAUGGGUGGUUGGUUUUCAAUCUGUAGCGACAGCGGUAGUUGUGGAGAGAGAAGUGUCACCUCAUAUUUUCGAAAUGGAUUCAAGAGGGUGAAGGCAAUGAGGGAAUCACUCUUGGAACAGGCCAUCAACUUGCAUCAGUUGCCAUCUGUACCCAACCGGAUUUUCUCGAAUGGGAAAAGUAAAAAUUCUUGUAUUUUCACUCAGCAAGGACAGAAGGGCAUUAAUCAAGACGCCAUGGUCGUAUGGGAAGAUUUCAUUUCAGAAGAUACAGUCCUUUGCGGUGUCUUUGAUGGUCAUGGCCCACAAGGGCAUCUUGUCUCCCGUAAAGUGAGGGAUUCCUUACCACUGAAACUGAUGUCGUUUGUCAAAUCUCCCAAGGCAAGGGAAAAUGGGGUGACUGGUGGUUGUUUCAAGAAGGUACCAGAGGGGGAUGGAGAGUCUUUGAAGGACGAGCCAUCUGAAAAUCCAUUAAUCUCAUUGUGGAGAGAUGCUUUCCUUAAAUCAUACAAGUCCAUGGACAAGGAGUUGAGAUAUCAUCCUUCCUUGGAUAGCUUUUGCAGUGGCAGUACCUCUGUUGUUUUGGUGAAACAGGGGCAAAAUCUCUUCAUUGGAAACAUUGGAGAUUCUCGGGCAGUUUUGGGAUUGAGGGAUGUCAAUGGUUCGAUGGUUGCUGUGCAGUUGACAGUUGAUCUAAAGCCUGAUUUGCCAGGGGAGGCUGAGCGUAUCAAACGGUGUGAUGGCAGGGUUUUUGCGCUGCAAGAUGAGCCAGAAGUGCAUAGGGUGUGGUUGCCGUUCGAGGAUGCCCCUGGGCUAGCAAUGUCUAGGGCCUUUGGUGAUUUCUGUUUGAAGGAUUAUGGAGUGAUCUCUGUUCCUGAGUUCUCACACAGGAUACUCACAGAGAUGGAUCAAUUCAUUGUGCUAGCAUCUGACGGGGUUUGGGAUGUCUUGAGCAAUGAAGAAGUGGUCGGGAUCGUGUCCUCUGCACCAAGCCGAUCAUCAGCUGCACAUGCUGUUGUCGAUUCUGCUGAUUGCGAAUGGAAACUCAAAUACCCCACUUCGAGGAUGGAUGACUGUGCAGUGGUUUGCUUGUAUUUGGAUGGAAAAGUGGAUCCAGAAUCUGAACCGGUGGAGCCAAUCAUCCCUGAAACCAUUAAUCACAGCUUUCAUUCUGGGGUGAAUGAACCCACUGAUGUGCAGAACCUUGAACCAUGUUUGCGACGGAAUUUUACCGUCAGGUCAGAAGAAGACAACGAGCAAAAUGGUAAAAUGUGUGUUGCAGCUGAGGUUGAGGGUGCGCUUGUGACAACUGAGGAUCAGAACUGGUCGGGUUUGGAAGGCGUGACCCGAGUGAAUUCGCUUGUACAGCUUCCAAGAUUUUCCCAAGAAAAGGUGAAUGCCUGAUUCUUGCAUUUCUGGAUGGUACAUUGCUUAAUGAUUUUUCAUAACUAGCAGUGCCUAGGAGUCGACGCCUUUGAAGCAAUUCGAGCACUUGGCCUACAAUGGAUGCAAUUGAAAUAUGCUGUGGGAUGAAGAAUGCAUUAAGAAUUGAAGCCUUGAAGAUGGUUUUUCCUUGUGUUUAGUUAUCUUUCUAUUGAGUGGUGUCGAGGACAUGCACUCGUGUUUCAACCCGUUGAGCUGAGUCAACUUGGGUGUGGAACAUUCAGAUACUCCGACUCCUGACUGGACUUGUAAAUUGGUAUUUUUGGUUGCCAAAUGAAUGAAAAGCUCUCAUUUUUGUAAAA